AUGGCACCCACGUCCAGAGCACCGGCCGCAAAUGCGCCAGCGCCCGCCGUAGAGGGACAGCAGCAGCCCACCACUGACACCGCCGCCGCCGCCGAAAUCUACGACGACAAGGACGAGGCCUACUUUGGCUACUAUGCCCUCCUCAGCCACCAGGCGCAGAUGCUCCAGGACUCGGUGCGCACCGCCGUCUACCAUCAGGCCAUCAACCACCACGCCGCACAGUGCUUCCAGGACAAGCUCGUCAUGGACGUCGGCGCCGGCAACGGCAUCCUCUCCUUCUUCUCAGCCCAGGCCGGCGCUCGCAAAGUGUACGCCGUCGAGGCCUCCAACAUGGUAGACUAUCUCCACAAGGUGCUCCGCGCCGCCGGUGGGUCAGCCGGCGGAUCGGACAAGGCCAACGGGCGCAAGCAGCCGCAGCGGCGAUCGCAGCAGCAGGUCGGCGGUGACAAUGAUGAUGACGACGACGGCGACGACGACGAGCAGGACGACGAGGGCUACAGUCUCGGCGGCCCAAGCACGUCGACUUCGACGGCUGCGGCGGCAGCAGCGACAGGGUCCCGGCCGCCGCGGAACGCCUUCCUCGCCGACACCCUCGUCCCCGUCCACUCCAAGGUCGAGGACGUGACGCCGGAUCACCUCGAGGGCAACCAGCAGGUCGACACCAUCGUCUCCGAGUGCCUCGGCGUGCUGCUCGUCCACGAGAGGAUGUGCGAGUCGUUUAUCGACGCGCGCGACCGCUUCCUCAAGCCGGGCGGAUCCGUCUUCCCCAGCGCAGGCACCAUCUGCCUCGCUCCGUUCGAAGACAAGGCGCUCUGGGACGAUACCGCCAAUAAGGCGCGGUGGUGGCGUAACAGCGACUUCUACGGCGUCGACAUCACGCCCUUUGCGCCCGCCGCCUUCAAGGAGACGUUUUCCUCGCCCAUUGUCGGCGUGUUCCAGCCACAGUGCCUGCUGAGCGUGUCGAGCGACUUUGUCAUUGACUUCGCCACGAUCUCCAAGUCGGAGCUGCAGGACUUUACCAUGCCCCUCGAGUGGACCUUUGUCCAGCCUGCCAUCGUCCAUGGCCUCGGAGGGUGGUUCGACCUGCAUUUCAACUCGCAGUCUUCCGCCACCGCCUCGUCUGCAUCGAUGUCGUCGUCGUCCUCGUCCUCGUCCAACGAUGCCGCCGCCGCCGCCAGCCACGCGGCCAACGCCUCGUCGACCACCCUCGGCCAGAUCCAGCUUCCUGCCACGGAUGCGGAUCGCGAUGGCGACGCGACGAUGCAGGAUCACGCGUCUUCGAAGCCAGCAACGACGGCGAGCGCACUGAGCGGGAGCGCGCCGGACUUCCAGCCCGCGUUGGAGCUGAGCUCGAGCGCGGUCGACGUCGAGACGAUACGGGCAGCGGCGGCGUCUGCCUCGUCGGCCAGCAGCACGGCCGUGCCUUUGCCGCCACUGGCGACGACGACAGCCUCUGGCGGCCAGUUUAUGUCGACCAGCCCGUACGCCACGCCGACCCACUGGCAGCAGGUGCGCUUCCUGUUUUCCGACCCGGUCGCCGUCAACAAGGGCCAGAAGCUGGUGGGUUCCAUCCGGUGCCGGGUCAAUGACUCGCGGUCCUACACCAUGACGGGCCGAUUCGACAUUCUGCGCACCGACGGGACGGCCGACCCGCUCCUCCAGCGCAAGGGGGCGUGGAGGCUGGACCGCCAGACGUACUCCUGGUCGUAG